GAUCCUCGUCGGCUUCAUCGACGAGUCCCUCGUGGAGGACCUGCAGCGCAAGGGCUACCACACGUAUAAGGGCCACGAUGCCGAGCACAUCGACAUGGCCCGCAUCACGCGCAUCCCGGAGGCGCCGAACACGAUCUUCCUGGGCACCGUCUGGAACUG